GGCCCAGCUUUGACAACCUUUCCACAUCCCCACGCCAUUACAGGCAAGCUGGAGAUAUCAACCCCACCAGCCUUUUGCUCUUCUCUUCUCGACAGCGAGCCACCCGAAUAGCACCAAAGGCAUCCCCGCCACGAGAAGCCCAGCCUUCCGGCAUCCCUGGCAACCAAACGCAGCACAACGGAAGCCACACAUAGCCGCCAUGGCCCCAGAAUCAGCACCACCGCCACCACCACCACCAGAACCGCCAGCAUCAACAGCAACAACAACAGCAGUCGAUAAAUGGUACGGUACGCCGCCGCUGGUGCACUACGCGUCGCUGGUCGCGGCCGUGCUCGCGCCGGUGGGGCUGCUGCUGCCGGGCCGCGGCCGCGGCGCGCUGUCGGUGCAGAACGCCGUGCUCGGCGCCGGCGCCUUCUGGUCGCUCAACCAGGUCGCCUAUGACUACUCGGGCAAGUCCAUCUACGCGCGGUCCAACGAGCGCUGGGCCGGCGUCCUCAACGCCCACGCGCUGCCCGAGAAGGCCCGCGCCAACAGGGAGCUCAUGGAGCGCGAGCGCGAGCGCAGGCGGCACCUCGCUGGGGCUGGCAAGGGGGGGCAGGUGGUUCAGGUACCUCAGCAGCAGGAGCAGGUGAGGGAAAGUGAUCAUGGCACCGAGGAGGACCGCGAGAGGGAAAAGCUCUUGCCCGAGUGGAAGCGCCAGCGGCUCGAGGAGGAGCGCGAGGCCCUAAAGGAGGGCGGCAAGGGCAUCUCGGGCAUGAUCACGGACCAGAUCUGGGAGGUGUGGAACCAGGGCCUGGCUGCGGGGUUGCGUGGUGCCGGUGGCGGUGCCGGUGGUGGUUCUGAUGAGAAGACGAAGACUAAAAAGGAGGAGCAAACACAAGGGGGAAAGGGGGAGAAAGGGGAAUGAAAGGAUGAGUGCGGGGGUCUUCUUUUUUUGACUUGUAUUUUUAUCCUUUUCCUGUUCUUUGUAUUUUUUUUCUCUCGUUGGCUUUUGCUUUGGGUGUGUUUCAGACCAUGGAGAUGGGCACAGCAUGGAGGGCGGCAAAAAGAACAUCAAUGGGUAUGUUUGUAUCUGUACCAAGUAAUCCGAGUGUACGACGGCAGCAUGGGAGAGCACGGCGCGUUUAUUUUAGCAGCACCCUUCCCCCCCAGGUUCUUUCUUCUGGGUCAGUUAGAGACAAGGGCUUGGAAAAAGGAG